AUGAAUGAGCAAGAAAUGAAUUUAGAUACCUUUUUGAACAUAACGGAUGCAGUUGAUAUUUUAGCUAGACACUUCCAAAGCAGUACAAAAGUAGAUUUCUUUCAAAUUCAAAGAGAAGGUAUCGAAGCUUAUGAAAAGAGGAAAGUCCAAUUAAAUAAAUUUCUUUCAUUUGUGAAUGAUACUGAAGUGAAAGCAUAUCUAUCUACGUAUGAUGUAUCCCCUGACUUACAAGAAUCACCCGAUAGAAAUAAAUUAAUAUUUUCUCUUUUCCAAAUAAGUAAUUUUCAUCAAUUAGACUCCAUUUCAAUUCCCAGUGAACUCCCCUUCCGCCUGAUAUUUUCUAAAAUUAAGGAGGAUAUUGCCAAAAGGGUGCGCCAGAAUAAUAUUGACGAAAUGAGAAGGACUUUUGAAGGUUAUUUCAGUAUUAAUAUGUUCCUCAGGGUGGACCUUCUUAGUUUUAACUUCUUGAAAGGAGAAGAUUUUCAUAAUUAUGCUUCGAGUGACUAUGAUCUAAAAUAUCUUAUUGGGAACUUUUUUCCAAGCUCAACUGCCUUGAAUUAUGAGAUACCUGACAAUUCUUCGUAUGUUGUAAGUAAAGAACACAUCAGAAACUUUCCUUUGGGUCCCACUAAUGAUAAUCAUCAUCCAAUACUAGUACUGCAAGUACUAAACCUCAUUUGCUAUCUUUUGAAUGAAAAUUUCAAAGUCCAAUUAAAAACAAAGCUGGAAAUAAAGAAUAAUGAAAUAAAUAGAUCCCCUGACUUUGUUUUAAAUUUUGACGGACACAGCAAACAAAUUCCAAUGGAAUUUACCAAUUUCAGUUUCGAUGAGUAUGUUGGUUUGAAUGGUGAUAAAACAAAUAAUGAUGAGAGUGGUAUUCAUAUGAAUGAAAUGUUUACUCAGGUGCUCCGACAUUGCUUUGCAUCCAAUUUCCCUAUUGGAAUAUUAGCUAACUAUACUCAUUUUCUUGGAAUUGACUUUACUAGCUCGGUAGUGCUGCAAACAUUUUAUAAAUUAAAUGAAGGUAAAACUCUAAGAAGUCUUUCUUGUACUAUGCUAAAUCUCAGAAGUGCUCUACAUAUUCUCAUUCUUUAA